AUGUCGGGAAGGGGGCAAUAUACAGAGGUAAGAACCAAUGGCAAAGACAAAGACAGUAGAGGAUUAUACUGUAUUAUUGGUGGCAUCGUAGUGUCUGUCGUGUUGUUGGCUGGGGAGAUAUGGUGCCUGACCUACGUUAUUUCGACCAUCAACAACCUACGGAGCGAAGACAUUUCGUACAGCCCACCUGAAUACAAUCGGUACCGAACACCGCACGCACUCAUUUCAUGCAACAAGUCUGAGCCUUGCUAUAUGGUUGAAGAUGAAACAUAUGCAACACUUGUCAAAAUUCUUAGUGGUGUAAAAACACAAACGAAGAUUAGACAGGAAAACAAAGUAACGCAUAGCUAUCUGGCCAGGAGCACCUGUGAGCAGUUCACCCUCUCAGAGUGUGCGGAUGACUCUUUGAAGUGGGUGGGUAGUUUCUACGGAAACCGCGGAGUGUCAAGUGGAAACAUUACCAUUGAUGUAAAGGCAACUUACGGAUUAUACAGUUUAUUUACUUUCAAACACUUAGAUGACAAUGCAGAAAACAUUACCGAUGUCUUCCAUCGGAUACACGUAGAAAAGAGUACAACAGACUCAGCAGUGAUGUUUGAAAGGAGAGUGGUUUUAAACCCCAAUCAAGGCGCAUUCCAGACAAGUUUAUUUUUUGAAUUUGUUUCCUUUGAUAUUGGUGAUCAUGUGUAUCCGUCAUUGUCGGAUACUUCAAGUCUUUAUAGCGUAAAAGAGGCUAACAUGUGGGGUGUUUUUCGAGUUAUGUAG